UAUUCUAUACAGGACCACUUUGAAGAAAAUCAGUGGGAGCUCCAUCGAGCAGAUGAGUGGAGAAAGUUGAAGCCAAAUGCUAUUCCAACUUUAUUUAAUGUUCCGAAUCCACCAAAAAAGCUUAUAUCAACAAGGCGGUCAACUUACAAGAUUAGUCGGGCUUAGCAAGCAAGCGAUUUCAGAGAAGAAAUCCUUUCCAGGGAAUCAAUUGGGAAUUGGAAGAUCAAACCAACUGAGAGGCAGCAAGCAGCAAGCAGCAGCAGCAUCGUGUCUCUCCCACAGGGGUCAUGCGCAAUCUGGCUCCAUUCUCACUCCCUCACUGCCUCGUUUUCGCCGAAAAGCUCCAGACGAUGUAGCGCACUCCGCGCUUCAGUCAACAGUGGUCAGCGCUUGAGCACGGUUCAACAAAACAGCAGACAUCUCUCUGUUGAAUAACAACAAUAUUAAAGUGUUCACAAAAUAACGAUUGAAAAAUUAAUUCCCAUAUAAGUAUAACUUGACUCUUGAAUUAAUCAAUUUCAUGUGAGAAAGAUUUAAACCUUAUCAGAGUGUUUCCUAGAUGUAAUCUAUUUCUUACACCCAUGAGAAUAUUUGAACAUUGAAACUGAAUGAACUAUUUAAUUUUGAUGGGAGAAUCUCUGUAAUUUUCCCACAACUCUCGAUGUUAAAAAUAUAAGAGGAAUGAAGUCAAUGAGUAGUUAUGGAGGAUGAAGACACCUUAUCAGCUAUAGUGUACCCACAGUAGCUCAUCUUACUUGAUACCUCCAGACAACAAUUCGAUUGAAAGGCAGCAUCCGCAUCCGGUCAAUUGCCGAUGAUUGAGAACGAAGACUGUUUCAACGUGCAUAAUGUUACUGCCGCUCCCGUUAAUAGGGCAAGGCCCGUGGACGUGUGGGGCCCACGCCGCGACCCCCUGCUCGUGGUGGUGCCAAUGACCACUCUGUACGUGACCAUCCUGGUGUGUGGCGUGGUGGGCAACGUGAGCACAUGUGUGGUCAUCGCUCGCAACAAGCACAUGCACACAGCCACCAACUACUACCUCUUCAGUCUCGCCAUCUCCGACCUGCUUCUCCUCCUUGCCGGCCUGCCCACCGAGAUAUAUCAUCUCUGGUUCUUAUACCCGUAUGUGUUUGGAGAGGCAGUGUGCGUUCUGACGGGGUUGGCUGCCGAAACAUCAGCUAAUGCAACUGUUCUGACCAUUACCGCAUUUACAGUGGAGCGUUAUGUGGCAAUAUGUCACCCAUUUCUCUCGCACGCUGUAUCGAAACUGUCCAGGGCCGUGAAGUACGUCGUUAUUAUAUGGAUGCUUGCUCUUUUACUCGCUGUACCACAGGCUCUGCAGCUGGGCAUUGUGUACGAGGUGUACCGAAACGGGACGAAAGUGAGCGAGGACCUGAAGCUUUGCACGAUCAAGCACGCAGUGGGCUCGCAUACGUUCGGCCUGUCGUCAGUGCUCUUCUUCCUGGCACCGAUGCUGCUCAUCAGUGUGCUCUACGCGCUCAUUGGCCUGCGCCUGCAGCGAUCAAACCGCGCGGCGCGCCGCGAAGCUCACGGAGGCGGCAGUCGACCGCUCACACACACUGCGUCACGGCGGCAUCACGCGCACGCCGGAUCUACGCGGCGAGUCGUCAAGAUGCUCGUGGCAGUUGUGGUUGCGUUUUUCAUCUGCUGGGCGCCAUUCCAAGCGCAGAGACUGUACGCUGUUUACGGCUAUGAAGGCGACAAAACAUCCGCUCAAAGAGUCAUACUCUAUAAAACCAUGACUUAUUUGUCAGGUCUCCUCUACUACCUUUCCACUACAGUCAAUCCAAUCCUAUACAACAUAAUGUCACUCAAAUUUCGACAAGCCUUCAAGAGCACACUGACGAAAUGCUGCAGCCCAAGCAGCGGCAAGGACCUGCAGAGCCUGGGGGUGGAGGUGUGCGGCAGCGGCAGCGGUGGGGCGGCGGUGGGGGUGGCUGGAAGCGGAGGCGGCGGUCGGCUGCAGUACGCGGUGCUGUCGCGUCGGUCGUCACGGAACAACAGUGCAGCGAGCAGCGUCAACAGUGCGGCGGGAGAAGCCGACCUCACCCGAAGACCGCUGGUGGUCUCCUUCAGGCGACGCAGCGCUAGGACCUCGUCCACAUCCCUCGACUGCGCCUCCAGCCCCGAGCAGAAGAGGUUGCAGCCUUCGGCGCCGCCUCUGGCGCUCGUCGAUCUGCAUUCCGUGCACAGGUCGCUGCCCCUGCAUUCCAUCACCGACAACUGCACCUGGACACAGGCGCCGCCCUCCAGACAUCUACCCGAUAAGGUGCCAUGCAUCGAGGAUAUCGAAAUCUUCCAGGAGAGCCAGCUGAAAAUCCGGCGCUCGUCGAAGAAGAUUCGCCUGGAGCCAGAGUCGCACUCACAGCCGGACACGGUGGCCGAUGCGGGUGACAAAUGUGGCAACGGCAAGCCACCAAGUGCGUCGCAAGUGGCCAAGUCGCAGACGCUGCCCUGCAUCCUGUCCAACAUCAACGACACAAUGUGACACUUGAGUCCCGUCCGUGUGCACAAUGUCAUGCUCAAAGCCCAGUGAUAUAACUGUGAUACCGACACCUAUUCAAAAACGUUUUCAUCUCUCGCGCUGAUAUCGCCACAUAGUAUGCAUUGAUUCGGGCCAAUCUGAAUAGGUUUGCAAAAUAUUUUUUUCAUUGCAAAAUACUCAGAUCUAUUAGAACUGCUUUUAAUUUUUCUGCCAUCAAAAGAAACCUUUAUCGGCUCGUAUCACAUUAGGACACAAUUGAAAAACAGGAUUGAGUUGAAUUAAUUCCAGUCUCACUCUUGGAAACACAAAGUAGUGGGUAUACCAUUUAUAUCCAGUGUUGAGAGUGGCUAUGCCAUGAAGCCAGUUACAAAAACAUCGCUUAUUUGCCGUCCCUAUAAAUUCUACUAGAUUUUAAACAGAACCUGACAAACAUAAUCUGUUUAAUCUGGUGGAUUCAUAAGGACAGCAAAAGACGUACAUCCAAAAAUCGAUGUGUGUGUGUGUAACCACACUAACAGUGCCGAUCGCCUCCUAUAUAUGGAUAUGCUGGGGACGCACUACAGUGCUGAAUGCCUCUUGCAUGAUAGGCUUUCAGCUCAGGAAUUGAGAGUCCUACACAAAGUGGGAUUAACCGUGACCCGUGAUCGAGCAAUUCGAUGGGCAUUAUUGGAGAUUCUAUUUAUAGGAAACUGAAGCCUGUAUCAAUGCAUACUAUUAUUGAUUAUUCAUGGCAUUCAUAUUGAGCUGAUCUUUGCUUAUUGUUUUGAUGAGGUACAUGAAAUUCAAUGUCGGCUAGAAUAAUUCUGUGAUAAUUUUCAAUAAACCGUUUUAAAUAUUAUAUUUUAUCAUCGAUAUGAAUCAACUUACAGAGAAUAGAUUAUUUCAUAUAUUUCAAAAGCCCAUAUAUUUUUUGACAAGUUAUGUUUACUGAUAACGCACAGGAAAUUAAACUACUACUCACUAGGUAGCCUACCACAUUUCACUCUCAUAUUUCUCAACUACCUUCAACAGGUCAAGAUAAAAGUAUUUUGUAUAUUGUAAAUAUGAAAAAAGAAAUUUUAACAAUGUUCGAUGUUGACUAAUUGAUGUUUCUAAAUGUUGAUUUUAAAUAGAUUUGUAGAUUGCAAAAUUUUAAAUAUCUUAUAUCAAUCAUUAAAACGAUGCUUGCUGUUUCAAAAUUGAUAAAUAAUUAUUUUUGAAAUUGAAAAAUUUACUAGAUGCAAAAUUUUAUUUUAUUGUAUGUGCCAAAAUGAGAACUUAGUGUAGAUUAGUAAACUACUUAUUGUACUCCAAUAUUGACAUCUAGUCAGUUUUUUAAGGAUUUGUAUUAUUUUAUAAUAAUUCCUAGAAUUAAAUUAUCAAAGUGCUUCAUAAAGCUUCAAUGUAAUUAAAAAUACGUUCAAGGCCUAAAUAUUAGCAUGAAGUCUAAUUUAUUAUACCUACCAAAUAAGUCUCCUAAUGAUGUAUUAUAUGAUAAUAGUGUAUUACACAUUUAUGUGUCAAUCAAUUUUAGAAAAAAUCUAUUAACGUCGUAUUGGAUGAAUAAAAUUCAUGAAUAAUAAAUAAAUACAGUUUUCACAAUUUAGUUUUUCCAUACAUGGUAAACAAUUCUA